CAUUAGGUAACAUAAUCAUGUUUAAUUCUAUGUUGUGAAAUGUUUAAAUAUUGAAUGACCACAAUUUGUUAAAUUGUUUUUUUUGCAGAUAAUGGCAUCAGGAGGUGCUGAUAAGUUUCCCCAAUGUCCUUCACUUGGUGGCAACAAAGGAAAAAAGGGGAAAAAACCAAGGUAUGUUCUUAGACUACCUAAACAAACAACCCAGCCACUUGUAGGUUUAGAGCCCAUAACUCCUCAAACUGAAAUCCCUGCACCCAUGCCUCACCAAACAGAAGUUGCUACGAGCACACCUCCCCAAACCCAAAAUGCUAGAACCAUACCUCCUAACACCCAAAUUGCUACACCCCCAUUACCCCAAACCCAAAAUGCUGAACCCACAUGCUCCCAAAAACAAAAUCAGUUACCUUCUUCUAGAGCUUCACAUUGUGAACCUAGUAGCAAUGCAUCACCAAUGUCAGUACCCUCCAGACUUUUUGAAAUUCCUACUGGAGAUGAAGAGCAAGUGUCCAACAAUGAUACAUCACCAUUCAACAAUGAAGAUCCACCAGCUGGGUCUGUUCUUCCAAUGAUUGAGCCUUGUAAUGAUGGGUUUUAUCCAAGCAGAGUAGCAUCUAAGGCAAUCACAUUGACUAUUAAGCAACAAUUUGUUGAGCCAUGGAUGACUCGGGGUGCAAUGAAGGAAGAACAAAAAGAUAUCUUCUUUCAGCGUUUUAAGAAAAAAGUUUCAUGGAGACCUGAACAUGAAGAGAAGAUAAAAAAAAUAUUUCACACAAAAGCAUCUCAUAGGCUUUCUGAAAUGUUCAAGAAAGCUCGUCAAAUAAACAAGAAGCCUGAUUGGAUGUUUGAUACAGUUUGGCAGAGUUUGAUUGCCCAGUGGAUGGCCCCUGAAUUUAAAACAAAGAGUAUCCAAGCUCAAAAAAAUAGAGCAUCUGAGAAAGGUGGAAGUCUGCACACAGGUGGCUCCAUCACCCAUCACGAGCAUGCUAUGCGGAUGUCACAAGAGUUGGGUCGCCUUCCACAUGUUGAUGAGUUGUUCCACCAAACUCAUGUACGGAAGCUUACGGGUGAUUUUGUUGACCAAAGAUCUAAGCGAACAUAUGAUCAAUUUGAGACUAUAUUUAAUCAAGCUAGGUCUGAGGCUGCAUCUUGUACGGGAGGUUCUGAAACGUCUUCUAUGGACCCAGUUCAGGAAGAAAGACUCCGCAAUAAGAGUUGGAUUGCUGCUGCUGGUGGGGUUACAGACAAAAGAAGACUUUAUGGGGUUGGAAAAGUCGUUUCUCCAUUGACAUUGGUGGAUACCUUCACAAAUAUAUCUUCUGCUCGUGCUACUGAAGAUUCAGACAAAAUUAUUCAAUUGGAAGAGCAAGUCCGUAAGUCUAGGGAGGAGGCUCGUCAAUCUAGGGAGGAGGCUCGUCAAUCUAGGGAACAAAAUGAACGCUUGCAACGCCAGUUUCAAUCACUGUUCAAUGCUGUUCUACCUCUCCUACCUUCUGAUACACAACAUAUUUUGCAACAACAAGUGGAUCAACAAUUUCAUGACAACCAUGAUGACCAACAACCACCACCUACUGGACACUAUGGAGAUGACUAUUAGUUAGAUGUUUUUUUUAGAUUAUGGAUCCACAACUAUUUAAAUAUUUUAUUAUGUAUAAUUUUAUGCAAAAAUAGUCUUAUUUUACACUAUGAC